CCCAACAACAAAGACCGUCAAAUAUUCCGGCUCUCUUCCGUAUCCCCCUGUACCCGUCCACACCCUAUCUUUUCUUCUCUUUUCUCUUUCUCGGUCUACACUACUAAAUUCUCUCCCCCUCUCUCUCUAAAAUCUCCGUAAAAUCCUCUCCUUUAGUUAGGGUUUUAAUUGACGGAAAUGGGGAGUCGGUUGAAGGAGGAUGAGAGAAAUGAAAGAGCGAUACGAAAUCUUCUGAAACUUCCUGAGAAUCGGAGGUGUAUUAACUGCAAUAGUUUGGGGCCUCAAUAUGUAUGCACAAGCUUUUGGACAUUUGUUUGCACAACUUGCAGUGGCAUACACCGUGAGUUCACUCACAGGGUAAAAUCUGUAUCGAUGGCCAAAUUUACUACACAAGAAGUUAGUGCCCUUCAAGGAGGAGGAAACGCGAGUGCCAAAGAAAUCUAUUUUAAGGAAUGGGAUGCACAACGCCAGUCCUUACCUGACAGCAGUAAAGUUGAGAGGCUUCGGGACUUUAUCAAGCAUGUCUAUGUGGAUAGAAGAUACUCUGGUGAGAGAAGCUUUGACAAGCCUCCAAGGGGGAAAAUGGGGGAAGGAGAAGGUUCUAGAAGUCCACCAUACGACAAUGACCGGCGUUAUAGUGAUAGGCCUAGUCCAGGUGGAAGAAGUGAUGGAAGUUCCAGAAACAGUUACGAUGAAAGACGUAGUCCUGGGUAUGAUUCAGAUUUCAGGAAAAGCCCCGCACGUCCCGAUAUCGUUAAUGACUGGCGACGAGAAGAUAGAUUUGCGAAUGCAAAAAAAUCUGAUGAUGGGAAGAGUUUUGAUGGAGGUUUGAAGGUUGAAGGUAGGUCUCCUGAUCGCCAAAGUGAUUCAGAUAUAUCGAGCCCGCCGAUAGUUAGGCCCGUUAGGGAAAUACUGGGAGAAAGUGUUUCUCCUCUUCGGGUUAUUGAACCUCCAAAAGCUAAUGGUUCAAAGCCAGCAGAUGGCUCCUUCCAAACACAGAGAACUGCUUCUUCCAGUAGCCUAGCAUCUUCAACUGGGAAUCCAACCGAACUUAAAACAGAAACUUCAUUAAUUGAUUUUGAUGCUGACCCUGAACCACUUUCAACUGCCCCGGGCCCACAACCACAACAAAUCGUUCCACCACCAACUGUGGCACAACCACCACAAUCAUCAAAUGAUAAUUGGGCCAGCUUUGAUUCAUCUCCCGUAAUAAAAUCCACUCAACCUUCUACAACAAGUUCUAAUUUACUUGAUAUGCUUUCUGAGAUUUCAGUUCCUGCACCGGGUAACAAUCCAGCAGUUGCAACUACACCGCCAUCAACGUUUAAUGCCUUUGGCGACUCUGGUUAUGGUGGCCAGUGGCAAAAUGUGGUUAGUCACCAGAAUCCUGUUCCUGCUACUGGAAUUCAGCUACCUACUACAUCGUUAAAUCAGCCAUUGAAUACUUCUGGUGGAGAUACCCAUGGGCUUUUAACCGCUGGUACAUUUUCUCAAGUUACAUCCAGUAUCGAGGCUAAACCUUCUGCCAAACAAGAGCUACCUGCGGAUUUAUUUACGUCAAGCUAUCCAUCCUAUACUGCUCAAGGUCCAGGCUGGUACUCUGCUCCACAAUAUAGCAUGGGAUACAAUAUGCAAUAUAACCUUCCACAGCAGCAUACGCCACCUGCUUCUGUACAGUCAUCAAAUCCAUUUGAUAUCAACGAAUCACCUUCAGUUCAAUCUACAGCAUUCCCUUCCAUGGCACCAUUACAAGAUGCUUUACCAAACAUGGGACCCGCAUCUAACAUACAGCAAAUCACGGGUCUAGGUGCUCCGGCACCGACAUGGAUGACCCACCAAUCAAUGCCUUCUGGUCCAUUCAUGGGACAGGUACCUCCAAACAUCCCACCUCAACCCAGGCUGCCACAAGUAGGAACAUUUGGAUACGAUAUGACAUCGUUUGCUUCCAUGAAUAACACAAAUCAACAACAAAGUGGAUUUUAUGCUGCACCUGCUGCUACGCCAAACACCUUCUCUUCUAACCCGUUUGGGUAAAUAAAGAAACCGAAAACUCAUUAUAUAUUGAAUGAUUAUUCAACAAGUAUGCAAAAUCAUCUAAUUUGCUUGCUCGAGAAUCGUCAAAGAGGGUUCCUGUUGUAGAUUUGUAUUUAUCAACUUCAUCAGUUGGUAAAUUAAGGUGCAGUUUUCCGGCCAAUGUAAAAUCUGUCAUGUUGUAAGGAAAAAAAUUUUAAAAAAAUGGCGGUAGAAGUUUUAUUAAGAUUUUUGUUUUUUUUUUGGUGAUUUUGUUUGUCUUUAUUGUUGCUUUUUUUUUUUUUUAUAAAUUGUAUAAUGGUUGUAAAACUUGAGUUAUAUUUAUUAUUCUUUUGUUUACUUUUUAUAUAGCUUUCAACA